AAUCAACAGGCUGACUUGAAUGAAACCAACAUACCAACAUUCAGUUUCCUUUCUGCGUGUGGUUGUGUGUUACCGAAUCUUCAAAGGAGAUAAAAAUCGAAGUAUUUUUCUUGACUGAAAACUUUUACAAGUCUUUUAAAAGGCAUUGUGUAAUUCCGGUGAACCAAUUCAAACAUUUAAAAAGUUAUGCAACUGUUUUAACGGUACUGCAAAUCGUAUUCAAAGUAUUGUUAUAUUUAAAUAACGUUGUUUACCAUUAUGAUUUGAUAUAAAUAUAUAAGUGUUGUGGUGGUCCAAGAAAUUAUCGGAAUAUUUGCGCUUCCGUUUUAAAAAUUAUAGUUUCGAAAAGUAUAUUUGUCUGAGAAGAACGAUUCCUUUUCGCUUAAUUAUUUUUACAAAGCUACUUCGUUGUUAUAGUGUUGUAAAUAAAGUUUUUUAUCACUUUACAAAUAAAACUGAGUUAAAAAUAACUUCGUCGUGAUCACGUGAAUAUAAAGGAUACUUAUCGUCAUUCGUUGUAGUGAAUUGCCGACCCAUAUUCAACACUUUGGAUUUUUUUUAAACACAUGGUUCUGUGGAAGGCUACAUUCGUCGAGUGAUAUUAUUGUGAAGGAUACUUUUCCCAGCCAAACAUAGUAUGCUUUUCUUAUGAAGGUUAUCCUAGAGUUCCGGUGAGGGGGGGAGAAGCCUGGCCAUGCGCCUGGGCCUGGCUUCUCUGCUGGUCGUGCUGCUAGGUUACCUCGUUCACACACCUCUCGUAUCCACAAUCGCAUCUCGCAUGACACAGAAUGACGAUGACGCCGACUCCUCCUUGAUUGCGUCACGCCUACGUAAUAGUACUACAUCGAUCAAGCUUCGUCCUUUGGCUAGAGAUAACUAUUCCCAUCUCUUUGGAAACUAUCUUGAGGUGGACGAAAAUGAUACUGAUGCGAUCAAAGUUGAGGAAAUACCGCUGCGUGGAUUCAAAGAGGUGCUUGCUGUUGGAAAUCUAGAGAAGACUGAUGAAAAUGUUGUUAACACAAAAACUGAUAAAAAGACGAGGUUAUUUGUUGGGUACUUGACGGCUGUUAAAGGGUUUUUAUAUGAGAGGCAAGGUUUGGCCAUAUCUGGGGCUGUCAAACUGGCGUUAGAUCAGAUAAACAAUGAUAACGAACUUUUGCCGAAUGUUUUCCUCGAUCUAAAAUGGAAUGACACGAAAGGCGAUACCGUACUGGCAGUAAAAGCAAUGACUGAUAUGAUAUGUGAAGGAGUUUCCGUAUUCAUUGGCCCUGAAGGAACUUGUCACGUCGAAGCUAUUAUUUCACAGGCUAGGAAUAUCCCCAUGAUAAGUUAUAAAUGUUCAGAUUAUAAGGCUUCAGAAGUACCGACAUUUGCAAGGACUGAACCUACUGACACACAGGUUACCAAAUCUGUAAUAUCCCUUUUAUCUUAUUACAAAUGGGAGAAAUUUUCCAUCAUUUACGAUCAAAGUUAUGCCACUGUUGCUACUUCUCUUGAACAACAAGCUGUUCAAAGAAACUUUACGGUUAAUUUCAUGAAAGAAAAUAACUCGGGAAAAUUCGAUUCUGUCAAUUGGUAUGAUAUCAUUCAAGAAACGAAAAGUAGAACAAGAAUCUACGUAUUCGUCGGAAAACUCUUUGAUUUGGUAGAAUUGAUGGACGCAAUGCAAGCAGCAAAAAUGUUUGAAAAAGGAGAAUAUUUUUUAAUCUAUGUGGAUAUGAAUGCUUACUCUGAUCAGUAUGCAUUCCAGUAUCUUUGGAAGCCUGCAGUUCUGAAUAAAUACACAAAUUGCAAAGAACUACCAGAAGCUAUGGGAAGUUUGGUAAAAAGAGCCAAAUCUCUAUUCGUAGUGACAGCAACAGCACCAACUGAAACAUUCAAAGAAUUCAAUGAGCAAGUGAAGUCUUAUAACCAGAUGGAACCGUUUAAUUUUCCUGUUUCUAAUCUUUUGCCUUUCGAAAAGUUUGUAUCGAUUUAUGCUGCUUAUCUGUACGAUUCAGUAAAAUUGUACGCUUCUGCUCUUCAUUACUUACUCAGUCAAGAACCUUUCUUAAAUGAAACUAUUAUAGUUGAUGUUGCUAGUAAUGGAACAAAAAUAAUUGAAACGAUUUUGAAAAUUAAUGGAACUUAUAAAAGUAUAAACGGUGCGUUGAUGAAAUUUGACAAAAAUGGUGAUUCUGAAGGUAACUAUUCUGUGAUAGCUUAUUCUGAACCAGAAAAUAAGAAUCUGGGUAAAUACAAUUUUACAUGUGAUUAUCAAAUGAGGCCAGUCGGACAGUUUUACCAAUCAAGUGAUGUCAACAAUUCACUACCUAGAUAUGAACUGAAUGUCAAUACCCAAAUCUACUGGCCGGAUGGUUACAACCGACCUAAGGACCAGCCUAGUUGCGGUUUUGACAAUGAACUUUGUCCGAAGCCAAACACCCAACUUAAUAGCAUAAUUGCUGCUGCAGUAUUGGCCAUCUUGCUCUUCUGUUUCGGUGUAAUUACAAUGAGCAUCUAUAGGAAAUGGAAGAUAGAGCAAGAAAUAGAGGGAUUGCUGUGGAAGAUCAGUAGAGAAGAGAUACAAGAUUAUUUUGAUAAAGACAUUGUUUCUAGUCCUAGCAGGCUAAGUUUAGCCUCUGCUAGUACGUACGAAUCUAGAGGAGGCCUACAAGUGUUCGCCACGACUGCCCAAUACAGGGGCGUGGUAGUUAGAAUAAAAGAAUUGACAUUUCCGCGUAAAAAGGACAUUUCUCGUGAAAUAAUGAAAGAAAUGCGGCUAUUGAGAGAACUCAGACAUGAUAAUGUGAAUUCUUUCAUAGGAGCUUGUGUACAACCAACCUCAAUAUUACUAGUCACUGAUUAUUGUGCCAAAGGAAGUUUAUAUGAUAUUGUAGAAAACGAAGAUAUUAAGUUGGAUAAAAUGUUCGUAGCCUCGUUAGUUCAUGAUCUCAUCAAGGGUAUGCUGUAUAUACAUAAUUCAUUGUUAGUCUGCCAUGGUAAUUUAAAGUCUUCUAAUUGUGUAGUAACUAGUAGAUGGGUGCUACAAGUGACCGAUUUUGGGUUAGCCGAAAUGAGGCAGUGUGCCGAAAAUGAUAGUAUAGGAGAACACCAGUAUUAUAGAAAUUUGUUUUGGAAAGCUCCAGAAAUUCUACGUCAUCCGGCAAAAUAUAUUAACGGAACACAAAAAGCUGACGUUUAUAGUUUUGCCAUAAUUUUAUAUGAAAUUCUUGGCCGAAGAGGUCCCUUUGGUGUCACUCCUUAUGAACCUAAAGAAAUAAUAGAAUUGGUAAAAAAAUACAGAAACGACGAACCCUUUAGACCUGCUAUAGCGGCACUCGAUGAGUCCGAAGUAGGUUGUGAUGAUUAUGUUUUGCAAUGUAUGAAAGACUGUUGGGCCGAAGAACCAGAAAUGAGACCAGAUUUUGUUACGAUUCGGUCAAGAUUAAAAGGGAUGAAAGAUGGAAAGAGUAAAAACAUCAUGGAUCAAAUGAUGGACAUGAUGGUUACAUAUGCAAACAAUUUGGAAGAAUUGGUGACUGAAAGAACUAGACUUUUAUAUGAAGAAAAAUUGAAAACAGAAGAUUUAUUACAUAGAAUGUUACCCAAGCCUGUAGCCCAAAAACUCACCAAAGGGCUUGGAGUGGAACCGGAAUCUUUCGAUUUAGUAACUAUAUACUUUAGUGAUAUAGUAGGUUUUACUGCUAUGUCUGCUGAAAGUACGCCGCUACAAGUUGUCAAUUUUCUCAACGAUCUCUAUACAGUAUUUGACAGUAUCAUUAAAGGCUACGAUGUCUAUAAAGUGGAAACUAUCGGAGAUGCAUACAUGGUGGUUUCUGGUUUACCUAUCAGAAAUAUAAACAGGCAUGCAGGGGAAGUGGCAUCAAUGGCACUGGACUUACUUUCAGCUGUCAAAAAUCAUUGUAUAUCACACAAACCAAAUGAACCAUUAAAAUUAAGAAUAGGUAUACAUACAGGACCAGUAGUAGCAGGUGUGGUAGGUUUAACUAUGCCACGUUAUUGCUUAUUCGGAGACACAGUUAAUACAGCUUCUCGCAUGGAGAGUAAUGGCGAACCUUUGAAAAUUCACAUUAGCGCUCAAUGUAAAGAAGUUUUAGAUAAACUAGGAGGUUACAUUAUUGAAGAACGAGGUAUUGUGAAUUUGAAAGGAAAAGGAGAUGUUAAGACAUAUUGGUUGACGGGAGCAACGGAUCAAGCAAUACAAAGACGGGAAGUUGAUUUGGCAGAAUUACCGCCAUUAUUUUGUCGACCUAGAAAAAGCCCCAAAUUGAAUUCUGAAUCUAGACAGCCUUCAGUGUGCGGAGGGUUUGGAGGACUGCAUAGUCGAAGACACUCUAGCGUACCAAGAGGUACUAGCAUUGAAGUGGAAAGCACGUCAACUAUCCAAAAUUCACCGUUACCUAUUCCACACCUUCGUUUAAAUCGGCAAAAUUUAACUGUUCUAGACCCAGGAGGGUCUAAGUUGACCAUCAAUACUGCUUUUGGUAGUCAACUGAUAGAAGUACCAGAGGAGAAUAAAAAGCAGAGACGAGUUUUGUCGAGCAUUGCUUCGAGCUGUGACGAACAUCAGCGUAGUCAAGGUAUGCUCAAUAGGAUAAGGGAAUCAAAAUCCUUAGAUCCCCUACCAUUCACCAAAUCCAACAAACCUUCGGAGCUUUUUGACAAAUUUCUCAAAGGUGACCGAAGAUCUAGGCGAUCCCUGGAAAAUUGCGAUAAAAUCGGCGAGAUACAAAUAAUUGCUUUACCAGAAGACAAACUUUUAAACAACAAUUUUCCUAACGGAAAUUUGCUGAAUUUUCCUAGAGACAAUGUUUACGGAGAAGAUGUUCAAGCUCCGUUAUUGAAUAUCGCCAAUCAUCCAGUCAGUAUAAGAAAAAGAGGUGGAAGUGCCGUUGAUGAUAUACCAGAGAGCGACUUCUCCAAAAAAUGGCGUUCACUUGAGGCAGUUUCAACGUCAUGUGGUCAACUUUCUGAUGUACAUAGUAAGAAAUCAAUAUCAAAGAACGUUAAAAGUUGGCUAAUGGGACUUUUCAAUGGCAAUGGAAUAAAAUCUAGUAAUAGUUCUUUAAGAAAAGGCGUUAUGAAUGAGUAUAAUAAUUUACAACCAGAAAAAGAGAGUAUUGUUUAAGAAAAAAUUGGAUUUUGGAAAAAUAAAAAAGAAUUGUUUAAAUCAUGUCAGGACCAGAAAGUGAGCAUAUUUUGUCACAUAAUAUAUUGCAACAAAGUAUGGUUAUCAUUCGUUUUUAAUAUAAUUUGAGAAGUAUUUUUCAAAAAUUUCUUUACCGUUAAUUUGAACUCAUUUUUUUAUUCCAAACUAUACAAAUUCUUAUAAAUGUGCUGAGCACUUCAACUCUUCAUAUCAUUAUACUAUAUUCCAACAAGUAUUUGUAACAAAAUCGCAUCUCUUAAUAGACCAGCGAUGUUCGUAAAGUAAGUUUUAUUUAAAAAAAAAAUAGUAGAGAUUUUGCAAUGAAAUUGAUUGCUCAAAAAUCUACAACUCUUACAUUAUUUUUUUACUUAGUUCUCAGGAUUUCCAGGUAUUUGUUACAGUGUGGUAUAUUUUUUUUCAUUGUAUCAUGAGCUAACAUGUUCUUUGAGUUCGCCAUCGCUGUUGAACUUCUGACCGCCUGACACUAGACACAUAUACUAGUAUGCCUAUGUGCAGACAAGCGCGUUCUCUUUCGCACAAUGUGACGUCACGUUGGAAUCAAAAUGUAAUAAGUAUAAUGUAUGCUAUAAAUCUAUCAAAAAGUUUUAUUUUGAUUCGAAAUGUAGUAUUUGGUGCAAAGAUCUAUCAGUAUAUGAUUGCCUACCUGUUCCAUGAAAUAAGAGCGAACUUAUUCAAUUUAAUAAUAUUGUUUCUGAUAUAUUAUGGGUAUAUUUAUUUCUUUGAGCGAAUCUUAUAUAGGUAAAUAAGCAUUGUUUUAAACUUAGACACUUUGCAUUAUAUGGAACUACCUUCUUUGGAAUGAAUGGAACAAAUACGUGCUAAAAUAAAUAACACAUAAAUGGGUGGGCGUAUCGUAUCUAAAUAUUUUUAAUCAGAUUGAAACUGUUCUUGUUUAUAAUCCUACAAGUGAGUCUACAACAACAUAAAAUAACUAUAAUUAUUGGAUAAAAAUAGGAAUUAUGUGUAUAAUUUUGUGAUUUAGCACAUUCAUUUACCAUAUUUUAAAUUAAUUUUAUCCUCUCGACCACCAGCAACUCCAACUUUAUCUUAAUGACAAAGAAAAUAUUCUGAUUCCAGCGUGAUGUCAUAUCAAAUUUGAGCCGACAAUUAAAGUUUAUCUUUUUUCUUCAAAUUUCAAAUGCUAAGAUAUCCACACAACCAACAGUGAACUCAAAAUGGCAUCUUGCCGAGUAUAAUGGAACAUUAUCUUACGUUACGAACAUACCUCGUAUAAUUCACUCCACAGUUUUUAUGUUAUAAUGAUUAAUCAUAUUGAUGCUAUUUGACAAGGUUCUAACAAACACGGGUCAACUUUAUGUUUUCUUAUUAUUCAAAUAUACAUAAAGCCCAUUAGGAAGUAUUUUAGUGUGAAUUUUUAGGAUAUUUCAUUUUUAUGUUUGAAAAUAUCUCCUAAUAACCAAAAAUUUGAAUUUAUGAUAUGAGUACCAAUUUAUUUUAUCUUGGUGGGGUUCAGAAAUUACUUGCAUAUGUUGAUAGAACAACAGCUAACUAUACAGUACAUAGAAAAUUGACAGUAAAAUAUCUAAUAGAUACUAAUUAUCUAUCAAACUUUUUUCAGUAGACGAGAAAAUUUAGUCUGGUCCUAUGGGGCGUGCAUUUAUUUUCUUAUUUUGUGAUGUUCAAUGUGAUCCUGCAUAUACAAAAAUUUAUUGUUAUUUUAUUAUUUCUUUUAUUUUUUCAGUCAGAAAAUACUGUUUAUUGAAUGUUUUUUAGCAUUUUAGGUUGUGUUUGUAUUAUUUCAACGAUUUUGCAUUUUAAAAAUUUUCUAUAUUCCAGAAAAAAUGUUUUUAGUAGUUUUAUGUUAAUGUGCAAUAGAAUACAUUUUUAAUUUUUGUUAUACAUAUUUUAUAUGCUGGAUUGUAUUUUUUAUGACCAGUUUACCUAGCUCUAUCCAUUUUUAAAAAAUUUAUAUUAUAUCAGUUCAUGAUCUGAAGUGUAGAAUAUUUCAUACCCCUUUCCUUUGCCUAUUCUUAUCAUGGCAAAGUUCUGUUUUCUCUCUUGAAUUAGUCUUGACUGUUUUGAAGUAUAUGUGGAGAUGGUGGAUUUUUUGUAGCUUCUAAACGGAUGAAAUUCACUCACUGCUCUUCAUUUUAUACGCACUUGAACAACAGCCAUACACGAGUAUGUAGAUCUCCAUCUACAUGUUCAUUAACUCAUGCCAAUCGAGCACCCUUAUGAAUUUGUGUUAAUGGAAAUCUUCUCCAAAUGCUUCAACAUAUUGUUUUAAUUGAAACUGAAAUCUCUUUUACAUGAUGAAAAAAGUACUUUGUGGUUAUUUAUGGUAGUUACAAUCAGAAAACAAUCCUUUGAAGUGGUAGUAACCCUCAGUCAUUCACUUCUUGGUCUUCCGUGUUUCCAAUGGUUCGUUCAUAUUUUUUCUUACAAUUAUGUUGUGUUAGAGAUUUGAGCAAAACAAUCCUUUAGGUACUAAUUUUGUUAUCAAGUUUCACUUCAAUAUUUUACUUUUUAUUAUGAGUAAGUGGUGGCCAAAAUUUAAAUUAUGUAACUUUCAUAAAAUUUUGAGAGAUAUUUUGAAUAGGUACACAUUCCUAGCAUGUGACGAUUAGUUCUGUUUGUAAUUUUUUCAAUUAGUAAUUAUUCUGUUUCUGGAUUUUGAGAUUGGGUAUCUUUUUGUUAAUCAAAAUUGGUAACAAGAAUGAAGUUGUUGUCAGAUGUUGAACAUUUUUAAAUUGCAAAUUCGUACAUAUAUAUAAUUUUAUUUAUGAUGCAGGAACUGUCAUAUCAGAUAAGCGCAAUAUCUAUAAAACUGUUGCUAGUACAAGUGAAAAAAUAUAUAUUUUGAAAAAUCUAGAUGUUUUCUACUAAAUAUUUUAUAUGUUACAAUUUGAAAAAUUAGAGAAUUUUAUAGAGUAGUUUAAAAAGCGAUCCAGCAUAAGGAUCAUUAUUUUUGUAUUUUUGUGUUAUGUGUAUAUUAAAAUGAAAAUAGUAUCGUCUACAUUUAGAUUUACAUCUUUAACACUCUUAUUUACCAUGUGUUGAAUGUCAGUUGUUAAUUUUCGUAGCCUAUAAUAUAAUCUUAAGGUCUACGUCAUUGUGAAAAAAUUCUUUUAAAAUACAGGAUGAUUCAAAAGUCAGUUUAGAAAUAUGAACACUCAGUUUUCUAUAUAUUUCUUGAAUCAGCUUCAAUCACAUUUCCCUUUCAAGAAAGAACUAUUUUGUUUUGUUUGAAUAAAAUUAUUUAGUUAAAAAUCUUUAUUAUAUUUACUUGAAAGUUUAUUCUUCUUCUGUCUCUAAAAUUAAUAGCUAUUAUUUUAUACACGUCGAUAUUUCAUCUGAUAGUAUGUUUCCUUGCAGCUCAUCAGGUUUGAUUUUUAAUUCCUUAAAUUGAUUAAAUAUUAUUCUUGUGUGACUACAUUUUAGUCAUCAUUUAUUCACUUUUUAUCUGAUAAAGUUAUUAACCGACUUUUGAACUCUCCUUUACUAAAUGUAUAAAUUAAAUAAUUUUCUUGAAUGUAAUUGCACUUGAGAUGUUACCAUAAAAAAUCAAGUGUCGAUGUUUUUCCAAACUAUUCAUGUGAUGAAUUUUUGUAUUGAGUAAUUUUUAUUGUAGCUGCUGUAAUUGUUAUUUUUGGAAGUGGCAAAUGAACCAAUUGGCGUGAAUUGAUUUGUUUCUGAAGCAUAAAAUGUUUCAAAUGCUAAAUAAAAUUUGGUGCUGGAAGUAAGCUAAAAGUGGCUCUAAAUAAAUAUAUUUGUAUUUCCAACUAGUAAUGGAAAUAUGAAAAAUGUAUAUUUUUAUGACAUUUUUAGGAAACUGGAUAUAUGUGUAUCAAAUGUUUUUUGUUAUGAAAAAUUUGUUUGUGUUAAUGGCGUAAUUUCCUGGUUGUUGGAAGCAUUUCGUAGACAAUUUUUUUAGUUGACAAUAGAGACUUUUGAAAAAACACUAGUAGAUUACACGAGGAUUUAGAACAUAGUUGAAAUUUUUGAGAUGUUUUACACUAUGGAUUUCAAGCUGCAUACAGAAAAAAUUGUUUAUAAUCUUUCAAAUGUGAGAUAGUCAGCUAACGGACUAUUAAUCAUACGUUUUUGGAAAAUCUAAGGUCGUAAACUACGAAAACAAAAACAAUGUAAGGAUCCAUUCAAUAUAUAUAAAAUUAUUAUUCACAUACAUACAUUUAGAGUUGAUGUUUACCAUAUUAAACUAAAAUUAAUAUCAUGUAAUUAAUGGAAUAAAAAUAAUAAAUAUCAUUUAUUUAAUGUGAAAAUGUCGCAACUAUAUUGUAUAACAAAUCAAAUUACAAAUAGGUCCGUUUCACGAUCAUUUCGAUUGUAGCAGUGAUGCGUUCUAUAUACAUUUAGCUUUAUUGUUAUCUGUUUGAACGUAAAUUAAAUUGAUAUGAUCACGAAUACUAAAAUCUUUAGAAAUGAUUGGCUUUCUACUAUACGUUUUCUAGGAUGAUUUUUUUUCAAUGCCUCAUACUAGACACAAAACCUAAGGCUAUUUUGGUAUGCGAAAUAAUCUUAAAGGAUCGUGGUCAUCAACGUUUGCAUUUCUAAUUUUAAUAUACACUUUGUCGAUUGAAACGUCUUCGAUCAUGAUUGGAACUAAAAUUUUCGAAGCAGCGUAUCUAACGUCUUACAUGUUUGAUUAUGACCUCUCUGUCUCUAAACCGCUUUGAUGUGUUAUGAGAUAUGACAUUUCUCUUGGAUGUUUUGCAAAUAUUUGCCCUAGGUUUUAGCUUGGUCGAAAUCCUCUUCUGCUUAUCAAAUUGAUCUUAACAAUUAUUGUCAUUGAAGUUAUUUUUUGAGUUUUGCUUUCAAAAUUUCUGGAACUGUUGGUGGUGUUCAUACUGAAGAUACUGUUUAUUGUUCUACUACACCAACACACAAUUAUACAGAGUUCAAAGGUAAACUGUUCAAUUUCGCUAUAAAAACACGCAUUAGACAGUGUAGUUGUGAAUGUUGGGGUAGUAGUAACAGUAAGCAUUAAUUCAUAUUGAAUUUUGUAUUUGCACAUUUUAAAGCAAACUCCCAAGUUUCCUAACGAAUUUUUUCUGCUAAUAGUAUCAUUGAAAAAUCUAUUUGUAUUUAUGAAUAUAUUUAAAAAAUAUUGAUUGGAGAUCGAAUUUUAAAAAUUCACCAAAUAAAGUUUACAAUACAACUAAUUAGACUUCAUCAGAUUAAAUAGGAAAUAAAUGACAUUUCCGAAAAAUGUUUUACGCCCUUAGACUCCAGACUCGGCUAUGAAAUAGCAACAUAUAAAUGUACAGUUGUUAUUUAGUGUCAUUGUUUGCAGAAGGUUUUUUGAAGUCAGAAUUGUGUUUGAGGCUGUGAAUAUAUUCUCCAAUUAAUGUAUAUAAAGUAUAAUAUAGUCGUUAAUUUUUAUUUUUGGAAGUACUACCUUCGCACUUUGAAAAUGGAUGUGCCAUUAACUUACAAAGUUAUGUAUUUUAAAUUAAAUUCACAUGUAUAUAUGUUACUGUAGGUACUGUUUGAUAAUAUACAUAUUUAUUU